AUGCAAAAUGAAGAAAAAUUAAUCAAAGGCCAGAGCCUGUUCGAUAAUGCUUGGGAUUAUGAUACCAAAUAUUCGUUUUUAUAUCCUAAAUGCAAAUGUCUUAAAGACCCCUUAGUAGACACCGAAGUGUCUAUUCAAUGCGAACACAAAAGCGUAAAGGGUAAUCAACCAAUUGCUUGCAGUCUCGAUGAUAACAAAAGAAGCGUUGAUUCAGCAUACAAUGAUUACGAAUUAUUUGACCCUGAACAAUUUGAGUUGCCUGAGGAAGAAGACGACUUGGUCCCAGUCGUAAUUGCGUGGCCGACACCAAGUAAUAUAACUGAGGAAGAGGCACGUCAGAAGUGUUUGUUGGUGAUUUAUGAAUCCAAUAUUGCCAACUACUGUGAGGAACUUGAGGAGCUUAGAGAUACCAUAGACCAGACACUUCAAGACUGUGUCGCAGAUAUUCAGUUAGCAGAUAGUUUCUUUGCUGUGGAUUCAGCUCGUACCACUAUGGAGAAUGCUUGCCAGGUUACUGUGAGCAAAAACACGUCUUUGUGGGAAGAGAAUGAGGAAGGAGAGUUGGCACCCCCGGCAUCAGUAAUGACAGCUGUAUGUCCAAGUCAUUGUAGUGGAAAUGGGAAUUGCACUAUGGAAGGAAAGUGUAUAUGUAAGCAUGGGUUUACUGGUCCUGGCUGCAGUAUUGAGACGGGAAAGCCACCAGAAAUGUUUGGUUUUGUUGGAAGCAGUAUAUGCGAUGUGCGCAAACGACCAUGUGAAAGGAUAUCAGUCGAUGUGGCGGGGAUAAUCAACAGCGAUAACUUAACCUGCCACGUACGAGAAAUGCAGUUUACGAACGGAAAAUGGAUAGAAACUGGAGAAAGUUUCAAGGCCAUUGGAGUAUAUGCGGGUGCAUAUACCUUGUUUUGUUACCUGCCAGUGUCACGAGUACGGAGACAAGUGGUUUCUCCAGUCGAUGAGGGGUCUUCCACGCAUGGAAUGAGAAUAUCAGUUAGCAACGAUGGGACCGUGGAAAGCAAUGGUACAUUAUUUGUAACAUAUGAUUCUCUUUGCCUGAACUGUUCUACAUCUGAAGACUGUCAACAAAAGGAUAAUACGUGUUUGAUCAGUGACAGCUCGUGUGACACUUCUGAAGUUGAACUUACUACAAGCGAUGUCGCAAUACACCCUGAUGAAAGCGAUACCAACAAUAUCUGGCUAUUACCUCUUUCUAUUGGGUUGUUCAUUGCUAUUGCCGCCGUAGUGACUGUAGGUGUUCUGUUGAAAAAGUACAUUGUAAAGAAGAAGAAGAAUACUAGCGUAUAUCCAUUGCAUGAAACUUGCGGUGAGAGCAACGACAUGAAGGCAGACCCUGAUGUCUUGGUAGGCGGUGGUAAACGCAAAUAA